GAUUACUAAUAAUAUUCAUAUAACAGAAAAUUGUACUCCGUAUUUGAUACAAUCCGCUCGAUAUCUAUAAGCGUAUGAAAUUUGUACGGAGUAAUUAAUAUAAUGGAAUCAAAAACCUUGGCAUCCAUGGAGCCCAAUCUCCAAAGCCCUGCCGCGAAAUCUCCGGCGCCACAACUACCGCCGCCGUCGACGCCACAGUCCUCUCAAGUUUUGCGGCAGUGGAGGCCGGCGGCGCAGCGGAAUAUCAAAAACCAGUGGUUGAAAUUGGUUUCUCUCUGGAAGGACUGGCUGUCUUACUCCUCCUCCGCUCGCUCGCACGCCACUUCUCUAGUAAACUCGUAUCUCUCGCAGAGGUACAUGGAUGGAAUGGAGUUGGGAGUUUUGAGUGACAUGCCAGAUAUAAGAAAGAAAGCAUGCCAUAAGUUAUCCAGGCAGCAGGUGACCAAUAGAAGUAACCUCUUGUCAUCCUACAAAAAUAUGGUUGGCAUUGUAACUCAGAUGGUCAACACUUCUAGAUCCAUGAGGUGUUAUCUCAAAGGGACGAGCAGCAGCCCAAUUAUACAGUUUUCUAGCAACCAAGAUAACCAGAAUGACACUGGUGAUGGUGGCGGAGUUCCUGUGUUCACAUUUUUGGCAAUCACUUCUUUUGAGAAAAUGGCGGAAGAGUUGGUUCAAAUGUUAAAAUCUGAAAUAGGUUUAAAGCGGUUACUUGUAAUGGAGUUCUGCUCCAUUAGUGACGAAGAUAACAACAGCAUUGUUUGGUCAGAGGAGUUAUAUCCGGGGGAGUUUGAUGAUCUCAUUAUAUGCGGUUUGUACUCCGAUGAAGCUAGUGAGCUAAUCUUUCCAGGUGACGCAAGUUACAAAUCAGAUAUGCCUACAAAUUUAUCUGGCCAUCAAGAAGAGCGGAAUGUUCUCCAGGUAUACUUAACAACAUGGCUUGCAGAAGUGAACAUUGACAGAUUGAGGAUCGAUGAAAUAUUCGGCAUAGUAGGAGAGGAAGUUCACAUUACCCUCUCUUGACCAUGGAAGCUGGAAACACACUCCAUACCUCAUUUUGCGACUACCAACAAAAAGCACAUUGUACUUAUGUUGCAUACCCAUCACACUUCAAUUCCAUUCCUUAGAGGUGUUUGGUAAAUGACCGGUAAUUGAUUGGGUUAGUAAUGGUUGGUAGCUGAUUGGGUUA